AAGAUGCGUUGCGACGUUGCUCUCACUGCGCUCCUCGCAUCCGGUGCGACUGCUGCGGCCGUGAAGAAGGGAUUCGUUACCACAAAGGGCACUACCUUCCAGCUUGAUGGCAAGGACUUCUACUUUGCUGGGUCCAAUGCCUACUAUUUCCCGUUCUUUCAGGUGGCUUCCGAUGUCGAGAAAGGUCUUUCGGCAGCGAAGAAAGCUGGCCUGAACGUAUUCCGUACAUGGGGCUUCAACGACCGCAACCGUACCACUGUCGCGGGAGGACUCCCCCAGUACGGUGGCGAGGGCGCCGGCGGCACCGACCUCAUCAUGCAGUGGUGGAACAACGGCAAGGCCGAAAUCAACCUCGCGCCCUUUGACAAGGUCGUUGCCGCCGCCGAAAAGACGGGCAUGAAGCUCAUCGUCGCCUUCACCAACAACUGGGCCGACUACGGCGGCAUGGACGUCUACACGACCAACCUGGGCGGCCAGUUCCACGACGACUUCUACCGCGACCCCAAGAUCAAGGCCGCGUUCAAGAAAUACGUCAAGGCCUUUGUCCAGCGCUACAAGAACUCGCCCGCCAUCAUGGCCUGGGAGCUCGCCAACGAGCCGCGCUGCGGCGCAGACGGCGUCCGCAACCUGCCGCGCUCCACAACCUGCACGCCCGACCUGAUCACCGGGUGGAUCGACGAGAUGAGCACGUACGUCAAGAGCCUCGACAAGGACCACCUGGUGACGUGGGGCGGCGAGGGCGGGUUCAACAUCGCCAGCGACGACUGGGCGUACAACGGCGCCGACGGCGGCGACUUCGACAAGGAGCUCAGCCUGAAGAACGUCGACUUCGGCGUGUUCCACUCGUAUCCCGAUUGGUGGAGCAAGACAGUGCCGUGGACGGUGCAGUGGAUCAAGGACCACGCGGCGUCGGGCCGCAAGGCGAAGAAGCCCGUCGUGCAUGAGGAGUACGGCUGGCUGACCGACGAUAAGAGGCAGGAGUAUCUCGGCAAGAGCGACAACCAGACCAGGCUUGAGGUCGUGGGGCUGUGGCAGCAGACCAGUCUGAAGGAGAAGAUGAGCGAUAUGUACUGGCAGUAUGGGUAUGGCGGGUACUCGACGGGGCCGAACCACAACGAUGGGUUUACGAUUUACUUGGAGGAUGCCGAGGCGAAGGAGCUGGUGUAUGAGCACGCGAAGAGGGUGAACGCGCUGAACAAGAAGUAAGCGUGAGCUUGGUUGGUUGAAGUUGCAAAAUACAUCUUCAGUUGAUGCACGUUUAUCUUGAAGUAUGUGAAUGUCGUUC